AUGGCGGCUCUCGCCUCCGCAGUCCCAGACGUCGUCGUCAAGGACCUGCCCAACACAUGCCAGACCUUCCCAGGCGCCCACCAGGUCGGCCAGAACGGCUGCGAGGCCGUGUUCCAGAUCUACGCCUCCUCGACGGGCAACGCCGCCGUCGACGGCAAGCACGCCACCCACGCCCCCGUGCCCGCGGACCUGCCCGCCUGGGGCCGCGUCGCCAUCGUCUCGGACCAGACGGUCGCCUGGCCCCAGUUCAAGUACACCGAGCUCGCGGUCUCGGGCAUCCAGGGGCUCGCCACCUACGCGCAGAACCCCGAGACCAGCGGCUUCGAGUGGACGCCCAUCAAGCUCGAGGCCGACGUCGACAACCAGGAGCUGCUGUACCGAUACACCGUCGCGGGCUACCCGCUGGCGCCCUUCGCGCUCUACGACGCCGAGACCGGCGAGGACCAGAUCCCGGGCGUGUUCCUGGGCGUCAACGGGCAGGUCACCUGGGCCUACUCCGUGGAGAAGGACUCGCACGGCCGCGAUCAGUAUGCCUUCCGGCUGCUUGCCAAUGAGACGGCUCCUCUGAGGGGCGAUGAGUUUGAGGGUUUCUUGAGGGUUGGAAACCAGUCUGAGAAUAUUGACUAA